AUGGUGAUGGGUCUCAAGAAAGGUUCACAAGACUCGAAAAAGUUGAAGAAAAAGAACGGCAAAGACCAAACGGCCGACGCGCCGCUGUCCGGAUUUACUGAAAAAACAGAAAAACCAGAUACGAAAAAGGAACCUCGGAAUAAGAAGGAAGGGGCGCCACAACCACAAGUACCACAAGUUGCUCAGUGUGCAAAGAGUGGACAGCAAGUGGUAGCCAAAUGGGUACAGCGGGCAUUGGACAUGGGCGUCGAAGCGCUACGAGCCGAAUAUCGGGCACUAGCCAAAUACACGCUUCCGGAGAUGACUUGGGAAGCUUUCAAAAACAACCACGAAGCUGGCAGGAACAGCACAGCAAAAACGUCCAGUCCUUCUACCAAUUCGAGCAUUUUCCCCCGAUCUCAUUACACCCCAUCCCCAGGCUCAGGUCACCUUACCGUGAGAUUUCGCCACGCCCCGGGUAAUUUUGCUGCCCAAAUCCACCGACUCAAGACUUAUUUACAGUCAGCAGAGCAUUUCAGAUACCAGGAUGUUCCAUGUCAGGACCAACAUCGAAUCGUUUUGAAGUGGCCUGGUGCACCCACCGACUACAUCCAUGCCAACUACGUGGGAACGCCA